AUGACAGCUGGAACUGUUGUCAUAACCGGAGGAAUACUGGCCACAGUGAUACUUCUGUGUAUCAUAGCUGUGCUCUGUUACUGUAGACUCCAGUACUACUGCUGUAAGAAGAAUGGGUCUGACAGCGGCUCCGUCUCUCAGCAACACUUUGCGUGCAACGCUUGCAGUGUCUCUGGCCUGGACGGGUCGAUCGUCACCCCGCUGUCCAUGUCACCACCAGAGCCGCCCGGAUCCUCCGACCCCACCAAACCCACAGGGGGGCAACGCAGUUACUGCCCCACCUGCUCACCCUAUGACUCGCCCUUCUACAUCCGUACCACUGAUGAGAUGCGCAAUGGUGGUGAGCGCAUCACCUACAUGCCCACACACUAUGAGAACCAGGCGCUGGCGAUGCCGCUGCCCGCCGUCCGAGGCUCCCUGCUGAGGGAGACCCAGCGAGGCCGGCCUCCCGAUUUCUACACCAACACCAGAGCCAUCAGCACUGAGGUGUGA